AUGCAGAGACAGCAAAGGUUCAUGUCAGAGAGGGACGAGUAUCAGUUUCAACAUCAGGGAGCGGUGGAGCUGCUUGUCUUUAAUUUUUUGCUCAUCCUUACCAUUUUGACAAUCUGGUUAUUUAAAAAUCAUCGAUUUCGCUUCUUGCAUGAAACCGGAGGAGCGAUGGUGUACGGCCUUGUAAUGGGAUUAAUUUUACGAUAUGCUACAGCACCAACUGAUAUUGAAAGUGGAACUGUGUAUGAUUGUGGAAAACUGGUCUUCAGCCCUUCAACUCUGCUGAUUAAUAUCACUGACCAAGUUUAUGAAUAUAAAUACAAGAGAGAAAUAAACCGGCACAACAUCAAUCCUCAUCAAGGCAAUGCUAUACUUGAAAAGAUGACAUUUGAUCCAGAAAUCUUCUUCAAUGUUUUACUGCCACCAAUUAUAUUUCAUGCCGGAUAUAGCCUAAAGAAGAGACACUUUUUUCAGAACUUAGGAUCUAUUUUAACAUAUGCCUUCUUGGGAACUGCCAUCUCCUGUAUCGUCAUAGGGUUAAUUAUGUAUGGCUUUGUGAAGGCUAUGGUAUAUGCUGACCAGCUGAAAAAUGGAGACUUUCAUUUCACUGACUGUUUGUUUUUUGGUUCACUGAUGUCUGCUACAGAUCCAGUGACGGUGUUGGCCAUUUUCCAUGAACUGCAUGUCGACCCCGACCUGUACACACUCUUGUUUGGGGAGAGUGUGUUGAAUGAUGCAGUUGCCAUAGUCCUUACAUAUUCUAUAUCCAUUUACAGUCCCAAGGAGAAUCCGAAUGCAUUUGAUGCUGCAGCAUUCUUCCAGUCCGUGGGGAAUUUCCUGGGGAUCUUCGCCGGCUCAUUUGCAAUGGGGUCUGCGUAUGCUGUUGUCACGGCACUGUUGACCAAAUUUACCAAACUGUGUGAGUUCCCUAUGCUGGAAACGGGCCUGUUUUUCCUCCUGUCUUGGAGCGCCUUCCUGUCUGCCGAGGCCGCUGGCCUAACAGGGAUAGUUGCUGUUCUCUUCUGUGGAGUCACACAGGCACAUUAUACCUACAACAAUCUGUCGUUGGAUUCCAAAAUGAGGACUAAACAGUUGUUUGAAUUUAUGAACUUCUUGGCUGAGAACGUCAUCUUCUGUUACAUGGGCCUGGCGCUGUUCACGUUCCAGAAUCAUAUCUUUAAUGCUCUUUUCAUACUUGGAGCCUUUCUAGCAAUUUUUGUAGCCAGAGCAUGCAACAUAUAUCCCCUCUCCUUCCUCCUGAAUCUGGGCCGGAAACACAAGAUCCCCUGGAACUUUCAGCACAUGAUGAUGUUUUCAGGUUUGCGAGGAGCGAUAGCUUUUGCCUUAGCUAUUCGGGACACAGGAUCUCAGCCCAAGCAAAUGAUGUUUACCACCACUCUGCUCCUCGUGUUCUUCACAGUCUGGGUGUUCGGAGGAGGAACAACCCCCAUGCUGACUUGGCUUCAGAUCAGGGUUGGUGUGGACCCGGAUGAGGAUCAAAAGGAGCCCUCUUCACACCAGGAAGCAAACAACUCUGGCAAAAGCACGACGAAAACAGAGACUGCCUGGCUCUUCAGAAUGUGGUACAGCUUUGACCACAAAUAUCUGAAACCAAUUUUAACCCACUCUGGUCCUCCGCUGAUCACAACAUUACCUGAAUGGUGCGGCCCAAUUUCCAGACUGCUCACCAGUCCUCAGGCCUAUGGGGAACAGCUCAAAGAGGAUGAUGUAGAAUGUAUUGUAAACCAGGAUGAACUGGCCAUGAAUUACCAGGAGCAAGCGACCUCACCCUGCAGCCCACCUGCAAGGCCGGGUCUGGACCAGAAAGCUUCACCCCAGACUCCAAGCAAGGAAAACAUUUAUGAGGGGGACCUUGGCCUAGGAGGCUAUGGACUCAAGCUUGAGCAAACUCCGGGUCAAUCCCAGCUGAAUUAA